GAUGACCACUAAAAGCUCCUCACCCAUUCCACACUUUGAAGAGAAACAAAGCACUCUGAGCUCUGUUUCUCAACUUUCUAAACACUUUAGAGAUGAGAGUUCCAGCCAAUUCCCCACAAACCAAUAACCAAUCUCCGAACCCAAAACCGGUUCUUUCCAACAACACCAGCAGAAAUAUCGGUUUCCACAGCCCUACCAAUACUCCAAAUAGCCUUUGCUACGAACCCACUUCGGUUCUUGACCUUCGCCGGAGCCCCAGCCCCGUCACGGAAAAGCCGGCCCCCACGACAGAAAUUCCGGGUCUUCUCGACGUUCUGUCUCGGCCAGAAGACCCGCUCGACUGGGACGAACAAGUGCUGCAUAAUCUGGACUGGGAUUCGAUCAUAAGGGACAUUGAUUUACUACAUCAUGAAGACCCAGUUCCUUCUUUGAGGACUAUUCUCCAUUCCAAUCCUUGUGAUCCUCAUCAGGUUGUUCAAUUGCCAGAGCUUCCUCACCCUCAGCCCUUCGAUCCCACUCAGUUUGUGCACACUGAUUUCAUCUGUGACGUCAAUUACUCCACUCAAAACCUGGCUGAUCUCCACAACUCGAACACCUUUGAUUUGACCCACGAGUUUCAUCAUACAAGCCUCAACGGUUUCGAGACAGUAGAAGAGCUUCUUCGAGCUGUGGACUGCUUUGACUCGAACCAGUUACAACUCGCCCAGGGAAUAUUGGAGAGGCUCAAUCAGCGUCAUCGAGCUCCGGUGGGAAAACCGCUCCCACGAGCUGCGUUUUACUUCAGAGAAGCUUUCCAGAGCCUACUCACCAACGGUACAAACCGAACAACUCGACUCUCUUCCUGGUCAGAAAUUGUUCAGACAAUCAAAACCUACAAGGCCUUCUCUGGAAUCUCACCGAUCGCUUUGUUCUCUCACUUCACUACCAACCAAGCCCUCCUUGAAGCUUUUCAGGGCUCGACUUUCCUCCACGUUGUCGACUUCGACAUCGGACUUGGUGGCCAAUACGCUUCCUUCAUGAAAGAGAUCUCCGAAAGGGCUGAGUCUUGCAAAGCCGGUAAUAAUAAUAUUCCAUCAGUGUUUCUUCGAAUCACUGCUAUCGUGCCCGAAGAAUACGCCCUCGAGAGCAGACUGAUCAAAGAAAACCUCUCACAGUUCGCACAAGAACUCAAAAUCAGACUCCAGGUUGAUCUUAUUCACUUACGUACCUUCGAAUCGCUAUCUUUCAAAGCAAUAAAGUUCAUGAACGGAGAAAAGACUGCUUUUCUUUUGUCACCAACUAUCUUUCGCCGUCUUGGCUCCACCAACAACAUAGCUGCUUUUCUCAGCGAUCUCAGGAGUGUCUCUCCAAACGUGGUGGUUCUCGUGGACAACGAAGGCUGGACAGAAAGCGGGUCAGCGUCGUUUAGGCGCAACUUUGUGAACAGCCUUGAGUUCUACGCCUUGAUGCUGGAGUCUCUUGACGCUUCCGUUGGAGGCGGUGGUGUUGGCGGCGACUGGGUGAGGAAAAUUGAGAUGGUGUUGCUGAGGCCGAGGAUUUUGGCGGCGGUGGAGGCGGCUGGGAGGAGAGCCGCGCCGUGGAAGGACGUGUUCUAUGGGGCGGGAAUGAAGCCUGUACAGUUGAGCCAGUUUGCAGACUUUCAAGCCGAGUGUUUGUUGGGGAAAGUACAGGUUAGGGGCUUCCAAGUCGGAAAGCGGCAUGCUGAGUUGGUGCUUUGUUGGCGUGAUAGGCCGAUGGUCGCCACAUCAGCUUGGAAGUGUUAAUAGCAUACUUAUUUAUUAUUAUCUCAUGAAUCAGAUAUAUGCAUUUUAUUUUAUAUAAUGUGAUAUGCAUAUACUGAUCCAUGAAAUAAAAUACCUUAUCAAUAGUGAUGAUCAUGGUGGGUUUCUCAAGUUAUUUACCGGUGUAUAUAUAUGUAAUGUCUUUCUUGUGUAAGAGGAACAUUAUAUGCCCGGUUAUAAUUUUUUUUUUUUUUUUGUAAGGGCUUUUAAGGGGGUUAGGAUGGAGAAUUACAAAUUUAGAUAUAGGGGGAUUGGAAUGUAACUGUAUUUAGCCCUGACCAUUUUGUUUCUUUCUAAGGUAGUUUCCUUUUAAAGUGUUGUUAGAGAGGAAGAAGAGCUAAAUGCUGGCUAAUGUACUGUCUGCCUCUUUGUUUUAUAUAUUGUCCUUACAGAUAA